AUGGUUAACGAUUAUUCCGGCCGUUCCACUCAACUCCCCACUGGAACUAAGUUCAAUCCUGUGAAUACUAAGAAAGCCAGCCGAGUCGAUCUUUUAGCUUCUCAAUUAACGUGAGUUUCUUUGAGAUUUGUGCAGAUGUUGUUGUUUUUUGGCGUUGUAGGUAGUCUAAUGGCCAUAAUUUAUUGGAAGAAACCGUUUUUGGCCUUUUUUCGAAGUUAGAAUCGAAAAUCCUUAAUUUUCAUUCAAAAAUUGUUAAUGAUCAUGUUUUACUCCGUUAUUUUCAGCGAAAAGGCGAAUAAAAACUCAGUCCAAGCCCUUCCUCCUCGUGUAAAUGGGACCCCUCCCAAAUCCACUAAGCCCGGUCCACAGGCGAAGGCCAAGAAGGACGAGAAACCAUCGACGCCGAUGCGAACCCGGUCCAAAAACUUUGAGGAGGCGACCUUGACCCCGGCCGAACAAGCCACCUUAGGCGCUUCGUCCUCGCUUCUGGGCGCGGUUACGCAACAACCGCAGUGUAUGGUCUGCAAACGAGGCUUCCGGAAAGGUUCGGCGUCGGCCAACAAUCUACAACAAUGUCUCGAAUGCAAAAGAAUGGCUCAUCCCGGAUGCGACGCCAAACUCUCAGCGGAUCAGAUCUGCCCCGACUGUCGACCAGAAGAGCCCAGAAGCGAUUCCGGCAUCUUGGAUGGAUCAAUGGAAGCUGAGUACGAAGCGAAACCAUCUCCUUCAAAUGUUGUUCCGGACGUUGUGAUGGCGGUCGAUUUGGAAGAGGAACCGACCAAGCGAUCGGUCACCUCGCCUUCCAAAAAUCCCAUUCUUCCAGCCCCUUCGGAUUCAAUCGCAGCAAAUGUCCAGCAAAGAAAACGACAGAGGAAACCCCGGCAAACAACGUCGCCUCAGCCUUACAGUCGGCGAUCGGCUUCAGCGGCCUCGGAAGACCGGCAAUCCCCGGCGGCAGCUUUGAAAAACCCAAGAACGUCGCUGUUAUCAGGGCCGUCCACAAGUCAGGCUCUUCAGGGAUUGAUUGGUGUCGACUUUGACGACUUUAACUCGGAUUCGGAGCCUUCGGGAAGUCCGGACAGCUUUUUGGGAUCAAAUGCGAGAAGUCGAGCAAAUGAUGAUCAGGAUGAAUACAAACCCAGCAAGUAAGUAAAAUCUAAAAUUAAUUUGAAUUUACAUUUAUUUAUUCGACAGGUCUUGAAAUUGAAUUCUUUUAUCUUAACGUUGUUGACUUAUUUUUUAUGAUUAUUUAAGAUCUCGAACCCGCCGGACGGACAGCACCGUUUCGACCGCCGCUCGUUCCAAAGGCAAGCAGAAGUCGAAACCGGCCCAACAGAAGCCCUCGAUGCGAACGCGGUCGGGUGGGAAGCCGGCUUCAUGCAUCACUCCGCAUGGAAUGAUCGCUCCGGACAAGAAUCAUCGCGGCCGAAAGAAUUGCAAAGGGAAAUCAGCCAGAGGAAGACGGGCUAAUCCCGCCGCUGUUUUGCAAAAGCCCCAGCGACCGGUCGUUGAAGUGACACGACCUCUGGAAGAACGACAGCGAACGUCGAGCAAGGUCCGAAGUCAUGACGAUGUGGAUUACAUCAGAACAGCCAUUGUCAGCUGUCGGGAGAACCGAUUUCUCGAUUCCACUUGUCUGUGUUUGGUCUGUGGAAGUGUGGGAAAGGAUUCUGAAGCGACUAUGAUCACGUGCACGAGUUGUGCGCAGAGUUACCACACGUAUUGUGUGAAUAUGCAUGAAAAGGUUGGUUUAAUUUGAUUUUUUCCAAUCUUGAUAGAGCAAUCUUUUAUUGUUUCAAAGACGUUUUUGUUGUUUAACGGCUAAUUAUGCGGUUUUGGUCAUUCCAGCUAAACAACACCGUCCUGAAAAGGGGCUGGCGAUGUCUCGACUGCACCGUUUGUGAAGGAUGUGGGACCGAUAAAGACGAGUCGCGACUGCUUCUUUGCGAGGAAUGUGACAUUUCCUUCCAUACUUAUUGCCUUGAUCCCCCUCUCAAAGAAAUCCCGAAUGGUCCGUGGAGGUGUAAAUGGUAAGAUUUUGUUGUUGCUUAUCACUUUAGUGUUUGAAUUGUUUGUUUAUCUUUCAUCGAUGUUCGUUCCAGGUGUGCGACAUGCUGUCGUUGCAACAAACAAGUCCAGUCCGGUCUGGAUCUCUCCAAACUCGAAGGUCUCUGUGAAACCUGUUAUUCCCUCCGGAAAUGCCCGAAAUGUUGUCGAUUAUAUGAGCCCGGUGAUUUGCUCAUCAAGUGUCAUCACUGUGAACGAUGGUAUCAUGGCCCCUGCGAAGGUCACAGCACUGAAGACGAGGUGGAGAACGCUUCGGAAAACGCAUUCAGAUGCUCGUUAUGUCGGCCAAAACUGAACACUUAUCGUGAGUUUCCUAGAUAGCAAAUACAAUUGAUUAAAAUUCGAAACCUUUUAUGAGUACGUACUUUUAGACGAGCAGUAUACCUUCAUUGAUAAUGUCACGGUCACCCGAUCGGGCUUGGAGACGUUUCCCAAACUUGGUCGGACCAAUUCGAGCCUGUCUUUCCACGAAGGCGCCUUUCGAUCAUCCAUGGAUCAAGAGGAAUAUGAAGGUGAUGACAUACCCAAUGAAAUGACCUACUUUUCCACCGGACCCCGAGGAGGAAGAGGUCGAGGGUCAGGCGCUGGUCGAAGAGUAACUCGUAUUGGUGUUGGAGGAUUUAUUGUUCGAAUUCCGAGGCAUCGAUUACUGGCUGAAUUGACCAAUCAAGGAAAGGAACUUCAGAAUGAACUGGUCGAAGGAGAAGGAGACAAGAAGCAAAGGAAGCCAAGAAAACCCCGACGACCUCGUUUGGAAGAGGCCUAUCCCCCGCAUAUUCAAGAAGCGUUCUUUGGAAUAGAUCCCGUCGAUUCUCGGACAAUUCUGGAGAUCCCGGUGGAAGAACCAGUCCUCGGAGAGCAUCAUAACUUCAAUCUGGAGGACAAAGUCAGCAAAUUGGGUACUGAACUUCCUGGCCAAGCCGCCGCUGCCCUCAGAGAAGCCGAAGAAAGCGAUCUCCUCGGGCUGCUCGAUCUAGGAGGGACUGAUAUUGAUGAUGGAUUCGAUUUUAAUCUGGGUGAUGGAUUGGAUUUCAAUGAUCAGUUGGGUCUGGCAGAUGAGAGCCUGGAUAUGCAAGAUAACGAUUUUGAUGACAUCGAGACGACCACCGACCGCCAACAAUUCCUUGCCCAGAUGGAGGAAAGUCACGAGAGACAGCGGCAGCUCCAAGAACAACAGCGACAGGGUCAGUCCGCCAUGAAUCCCCUUCCUCAAGCCGCACUCAAAGGCAUGCCGUCAGCUGCGGGUCAGCCCCAUGCCCAAGAGAAAAAUAAUUGUAAUGCGGCCACGGAGAGCUGGGAGAAGGACGAACCCUUGGGCGACAAAGCAACCAAGGCUGCUGUUCUCUACUCGAAUAUGAUCCAUCCGGAGCUGAAGGAGAAGUUCCCUCAAUGGAGUGAGAGAGUGAAGCAGAUUAAUAAGAUUUGGAGACAGUUGGAUGCUGACAAGAGAUCUGAAUAUGUAAAUAAAGCCCGAGAAAACAGAACGAAUAUGCCGAGGGGAAGACCGAGAAGAGAUGCUGGGCAGAAAUUAUCGGUGGACGAUCAGGAUACCUCAAGGGAUAGCUUCAAAAUGGAAUCGGUAAGAUUUUAAUUUAUUUAUGAAUGAUCUUUUUGUUAGGUAGAAUACGGACAGUCUAUGAAUUAAUUUAAUAAUUAUGAUUUUGAAUUGCAGGGCACCCCCACCGAGGAAUCGCAGCCUCAUCCCAACCAAAUGCCCCCUCCAACUCCCACCCUCCAACCUAAUGGAACCCCAACCACUCCACUCUUCCCUCAACAUCAAGUCAACCCUCAGAUUCCUCCACAAAUGAAUCAGAUGAAACAGCAACAAAUCCAUCCCCAAAUGGCUCAAACUCCCCAACCGCAGAUGAUGAGGCCUCCGCAACAAACUGGAAUGCCGAUGAGGCCACCGCCUCCACAAUAUCUGAAUGGGCACAGCCAAGAACAAGGUCAACCCCCAGUCAACCAAAUGCAAGGACAGAUGAAUCAAAUCCCGGGGCAGGGUCAACCAAUUCCCGGUCAAAUUCCCUCUCAAAUGCAUUUCCAGCAGGCUCAAAAUGUUCAUCAGCAACAACCUGGACUCCUUCAUCAACCUCAGCCAAUGCACCCUCAGCAACAGCAACAUCCUCAAGCACAAGUCCAUCCAGGAAUGCAUCCACCACAACCUCAUCCAGCGCAUCAACAAAUGGUGCAGCCUCCAAUCGCCCAUCUUUUGAGCAAAUUGUCACGGAUUAAGUUGGAUGAAUACGUGAUGAUGAGGAAGACAUUGUAUGGAGUUGAACAAGAGCAACGGCAGGUGGAAGAAGAGCUGAAUAAGUACAGAAAGAUCAAGAAGAACAUGAAUGCAAAGCGGAGGAAUGUGAGGAAGAAUUAUCAAGCGGCGCAAGAGAACCGGAGUGAUCAAGCUCUACCGCCCGAAGACCUUCCACCAGAUGAGAUUGAGAAGUUGGAAAGGGUUAUCAAUGAUGUCACCUGCACUCAGAAGAAGAACGAGGCUUGUAAACAGAGAUUCAAGGAACUCACGUCCAAGAUUACCUCUUUCGAGCAGUCCCAUGGUCUGCCUGAGCAUAAGAAUGUCCCUUUGGAUGCACUUCUCCACGCCCAAGCUCAUCCAGAACUUGUACAACAACAAAUGUCCAAUCAAAUGCAAGGACAGAUGCCUGCUCCUUAUGGUUACAUGAAUCAAGGAAUGGAACAAGGACAGCAGCUCCAGUCUCCAAACUUUCCCAUCUACAUGGAGAACCAGAAUACGAUGCUUCGACAGCCGACCCAGCCUUACCCCAAUCAAGCCUUCUUCAAUGGUCAUCCGGCCCCAGUUGGCUAUCCAAAUGGAGUCAGAGUACCCGCUUACAGUCAGCAAGUUGCCCGUCAACUCGUGUCUCCAGAUGUUGGAGGCUCUUCCCCAACCACUCCAGCCAGCGGUCGGCCCGGAUCUUCGGCUUCGAUCGACCCCACUCCGAAAACUGGCCGUGGUCGCAAACGGAAGCGAGUCAUGCUACCGACCGAUGAGACACGGACACCCAUCAUGGGAGGUCACAUCUAUUCGAGAUUGAGUAAUGACGUCGACCGAGACGUUUACGAUUCUCUGGAUUUGAUGGUCAACUGGGUCACCUUGGCAGUGGAAAGCGGAACCGAGACUUUGAUGAGGAAACUCCCAACUUUGAAGGUCAGCGAGCCAUUUGAUGAACACUUCAACCCGUAUCAAGCCAUCGAACCGCCAAAGGCCAAGAAGAAACGGCAGAUUGCGAAGAAGCCGUCGAAUAACGAGGCCAGCGAGUACGAUCUGUUUGUUGGAAAGCUGGAAAGUCAACUGAAAGGGUGUAUUAUCGAGAACUUGCAGUACGAACAGUCCCCGGACAGUGGAGAUCGCCAUUUCUCGGAUGACACUCAGCUCCUCUGGAGGAAUGGUGUUACUUACUUUGAUGGGAAUGAAAUCGGAGAAUACCAUCCCAACUUCAUGCCUGAUUAUUACUCAGUGGUCGAGAAGUUCGAAUCAUUUGAUCCAACUCCCAUAUAUCCACGUCCAAUGAAUCAAAUUUAUUGUGAUGUGGAUGUGAGUGAUCUGGCGACGGCUGAAUGUAAUGUCACUAAUACCGAAAACCAAUCCAUCAAACAAGAAUCCAUGGAAGUUGAUGAAUCAGAGGGCGAGAAAGAGCAGAAGGACGAGCAGGAUGAACCAGAGAAGACGGUUAAUAUGGAUUUGUAUCAUCUGAAGUGGAGAAACAUCGGAUCUGACGAGAUUGGAGAAUCGACCAUCCUCCCUCUUCUUCAUCGUGUCCCAGAAAGAACAGUACCAGUGGAACCACACAAGUCAGCCAUCAAACAUAUCGUUAGUGGAGAUCCGGAUGAGAAGUUCAAAGUGGAAUUGAUGGGAAAUCUGGAUCUGAGAGAAGAGACGAUCAAUGAAUUAAAACAGAUCCUCGGCCAACCCUCGGAGAUCACCAUCAAGGAGAUUGUUCAAACACAAAACACCGUGGUGGUGAAGAAAGAACCGGUUGAAGUUAAUAAUGAACCGAAAUGUCGUUAUUGCCAAUCAACCAUCAAGCAAUACCGAGUUCGCGACUUUAUUCUCCAACGAGGCGUCACCUUUGGCAUCACGGAGCCUGAAGUUAGAUCACUUUGUUCCAUGAAGUGCUACUUUUCCAAUGCUGCGGACAGUAAACGAGCUCUUCAUCAGGAAAUAAUCAGGAUCUCGGCUGAAUAUGUGGACGAAUUAACUGUGGUCCGGCUAAAGGACAAUCUUCGACAACAUGUUUUGCGAGAAAAUCAACGAUUGCAGCAGGCCAAAGAAGCGGCCGCGGCUGGUCCUCAACAAUUGAUUUCGCCGAUUCCAGAAGAGAUCUUGGCCGACUUCCCCUUCUUUUUCCAAAAUAACAUCCAUUCGAAGAAUGAGUUGGUGAUGAAAGUCUCCGAUCUCCCUCAAAUUGGAAGCCUGAAACAAGAGGAACGGCCUAAAGGAGAGUUCAAAUGGCGAAAGACUUUCUGGAUGAUAUACGACGGGUCCAUUCUUCAGAGCUUCGAACGACCGCACAACGAGGUUCGGCAGGUUCGUUUGUGUUGUGGUUGUCAUGUUUCUUUAUACAGUUACUCUCUUUGUAUCCCAUUUUUGUUUAACGGUUUGUGGUGAAUGCACUCUUUAUCUAUCCAUGGUUUUGAUUUCUUUAUUUUCAGAAGUUCGCUGCCUUCCAACAUCAGCUGAAUGGACGCGUCGCUUCUCGAGACGACGAUGAUCGAGUCUGCUCAUUCUGUGGCCAUCGUGGGGAUGGAGAACAACAUCAAGGAGGACGUCUUUUGAACGUCGAUGCCAAUGAAUGGGUGCAUGUCAACUGCGCCAUGUGGUCCUCGGAGGUUUUCGAAACAGCUGAUGGAGCCCUGAUGAAUGUGGAAACUGCCCUGAGAAGAGCUGAGACCGUCAAUUGCAAAGUUUGUCAUCGUCUUGGAGCUUCGUUGAGGUGUUACAAAUUGGAUUGCCCGCAUCGAGAGAUCGGUUAUCACCUUCUUUGUGCCAAGAAGGCUGGUGGAAAGUUCGGAAAGGACAAGAAUUUCUACUGUCCGGCUCAUGACAUCCGACCGGAAGCCUGUGUGAGUCGAUGGGAUAAUUUGAGAAGGAUCUACAUCGAGAGGCCGGAGAAUCAGCUGCUCUCCAAGAUAUUCAAUAACACGUAUUCGACGGAGAUGAUGAUGCGUGUGGGUAAUUUAAUCUUCACACAACUCGGACAACUCCUACCAGAACAGCUGAAGAAUUUCCAUACUGAGGAAUUCAUAUUUCCAGUUGGUUAUAAUGUGAUCCGACUCUUCUGGUCUCCUCUCAAUGUGAAUGAAUUGGCCAGAUAUGAGUGUACCAUCAGAGAAGACGAAGGUCGCCCACUCUUCAAGAUCAAUUUCUUGGACAAAGAACUCACUGACAGAUCCAUGAAUGGGGUCUGGUCGAGGAUUCUGAUGGCUGUCCAACAACUCAGAGAGAAGACCCGAGCCCAAGGAUCCGAGAUUCUGAGGUUUUAUCCGGCUCUCAUGAACUGUUCCAUGUUAUACGGACUGAAUGAACCGGCUGUCACAAAGAUGACGGAAAGUCUUCCAGGAGUCGAUCAAAUGUUCGAUUACUCAUUCAGACAUGGAGGGCUUCCUCUAAUGGACCUCCCAUUGGCGUUAAAUCCCUCUGGAUGUGCUCGAUGUGAGCCUCACUGCAGAACCUUGGUCAAGCCGCGAUUCAGGAGUCUAACCCAAAGUCCAUUGAAGGUGGAGAAGAUCAAGAAGGACGCAUUCAACGCUGAGAUUAUCUCGAGGGAAUCCAGAAGAUCCCGAACUCAAAGGAAUAUCCAUUUGUUGGGUAUGGAUGAGAAUUACAUCAAGAUGAUGAGGAAGUCCGGGAUCACCGAGGAAAUGCUGAUCGCCGCUCAUGUGAGAUACGAUUCCAACAACAUCCACAACGCCCAUUCACAGUACAAAAAGAUGAAAAGCGAAUGGAGGAACUUUGUUUAUUUGGCCAGGUCGAAGAUCCAAGGCCUGGGAUUAUAUGCGAAAAGAGAUAUCGACAUGAAUACGAUGAUCAUCGAGUAUGUGGGGGAAGUGAUCAGAAGCGAAGUUUGUGAAGCCCGAGAGAAGAAAUACCUCGCUCAGAACAGGGGCACCUACAUGUUUAGGAUCGACGACGAUUGGGUGAUCGACGCAACGAUGAGUGGAAGUCUGGCCAGAUAUGUUAACCAUUCCUGUGAUCCGAAUUGUUUCACAAAGAGAAUGAAGUAUAAUGACGAGGAGAAGAUUGUGAUCGUCUCCAAUCGACCGAUCAAGGCUGGAGAAGAGGUAAGAAGAGUUUUGAUAUUAAUUUUGGUAUCGACUUGGGUUUUGUAGUGAUGAUGAUUCAAAAUUUUACUUUCAGCUGACCUAUGACUACAUGUUCGAAUUGGAGGACGACCAGACCAAGGUCCCCUGUCUUUGUGGUGCUCCCAAUUGCAACAAAUGGAUGAAUUAG